CGCAAACUGAGAGCACAGCGCUGAUUACAACCAGAUGAACACAUCUAGAAAAGAGUGAACGGACGACAACUUUUGUGGCAGUGCUAUUUAUCGCGAAUGCGAAAAACAAAUUUCCAAAAUAGCUUCCGCCUUAACUGAAAUGAGGUGUGCUUUCUUUUUCAACCAAUUUUUCUCGCGUGGUACGGGGAAGGGGGAUUCACGAAAGUGAUGCACAGAGUCGUAUGAUGGCACUGCAAAUUUAUAUGCGAUGACGUCAAAGUCCAAAAUCCGCUUGGAGUGACGUCAAAGUCUUACAAGAAUCCCCUAGGAAUUGUGGGACAUCUGGUGUUGACACUCCACAAAGUGAAAAGGAAGCAAGAAGAGAUCGUGUUAACGGGAAAAUACGGUAUUUUCGAGAGAUGAUCAGAUCUUCUUUCGUGGUUUUUGUCCUUGUUAGCCAUUACUUUGUUAAAGUGACUCCUGCUUGGUGCUCAUCUGGGGCAUCUGGAUGCUCUUUCAACCAAGUUUGCUGCAACCAUGAGUGUCAAUUCGGCUCUUCUUGUGUUGGAUUGAGUUGCACUUCUCAGAACGACUGUGGCAUCACGGAAAGUUGUUGCAGCAAUGUAUGCACAGCGGAAAUCGACUGCUCUGGAUUGGAUUGUAGUUCCGACCUCGAUUGUGGUCAGCCAAAUAUCUUGAUCUGUUGUAAUGGAGUUUGUCAAUAUGAUUGCUUUAAUUGGAACCUUAUAAUUGGUUUAAUAUCUGGAUUACUAGCUGUGAUCUUCAUCAUUACUAUGUGCAUUUUCUGCGCUUGUCGCCGUCGAAGAACAGUUCAUCGCGGCAGAAUUAUUGUUGGGCAGAGAGUAACAACGACAACUACGAUAAGAUCUGCACCAGCGAGCACCCAACCUUACCCCACACAGGCACAACCUUACCAACAAGGCCACCCAUACUAUCCCCCUCCACAGUAUGAGCAGCAUCAGACAAACAGACCUCCACCCUACAACCUUGGACCAAGCACAGCAAGUGAGCAACCUCCCCCUUAUACAGAAGGACCACAGGGAGGAGCAGGAAGAAUUUACACUCCCAAACCUUCAUAUGGUGCAGUAGCAUCAGCACCACCUAUGUAAGGCAAUGAAUUGUUUUACCUCAACCUGGUUAUAUAACUCUAAAAACUUUUAAAUAUCUUUAAGAACAUAAACCCUUGGAUUAUCUGAAACUGUUUUGAUAGAAUUUUUUAUGCAACUGAUGAAAAGGAAAAGGUAAAAUGGUGUGGCUUCUGUUACUUUACCUCAGCCAAGCUUUUACAGAAAAACCUGAUCAUUUUGUAGUCAAUAUGUAACUAAGCCAUUGGAACAACAGGUGAAAAGUGAGGUAGUGUGGGAAAUUUAUUAAUGUUGUUUGAAACUAAGAGUAGAGUUCAAAGGUCAUGUGAAGUCCACUGUUUAGAGCUCAAAUGUACACUUUGAAUUUGAAUUUGGCUCAGGAUUUGAAGUUUGAAUUAUUAAUUAUCAAAGAAAAAUGAAGUUUUGCAAGGAAUUGUGCAAGUGAAAACUAAUUUUUUUCUUGUCAGUCUUGUUUGCUAGUAGCACCAUGGUCAAAAUUCAACCUAAAAACUGAAUUUAGGAUGGUAGUAUCUGAAAGAAUUAAAAGCAUUUUUCUUGUUUUAA